UUUAUCCUAAAACUUUAACGAUUUUUUGAAUUUCAUUUUACGAUUUGAUUGUGCCUCCCAACAAUAUGAGUUAAAAAUCUGGAUUUUAACAAGCUUUGCAAGAAAAAGCACAAAAAAUUGAAGCUCAGGUUUUAGGCAGGCGUGGUUUUGGGAGCCGUAGUUGCAUCCAAAGCAGGAGAGCAGUCGUAAGUCUUGAAGCAGAGAGCAAUCCAUUUCCAUAGAUGAAAUCAAACAAAUGAUAAUGAUGAUUCGGAGAAGCAUUUUUGGCUCAAUUUCUCAGUACCAGUACCAGUAUCUCCACAACUCUACCAUUUGUUCCUCCUCCGCCACCAAUCCUCCUCCUCCGCCGCCGCCGCCGCCGCUGAGCAGGGUGGCGACGCUGGUAGAAGGCUGCGACUACGAACACUGGCUGGUGGUUGUGGAACCUCCCAAAGGAUACCCACUACGAACCCAAAUCCUUAAUGACUAUAUCAAAACCCUAGCCAUCGCCUUGGGAAGUGAAGAGGAAGCAAAGAAGUCAAUAUACUCAGUUUCUACUAAGUAUUACUAUGCAUUUGGUUGCAAAAUCCCGGAAAAUUUGACUCACAAAAUCAAAUCUUUGCCCAAUGUGAGAUGGGUUCUACCAGAUUCUUAUUUAUGUCACAGUGAAAAUGACUAUGGAGGAGAACCAUUUGUUGAAGGUGAGGUAGUUUCAUAUGAUGAGAGGUACCAUGCAGACUGGUUACGAGAUAAAAAUGAUUGUAAAUGUCAGAACAGAACUCGAUCAAGGAAAGCGAGAAGAAAAAAAGAGAGGGAAAAAAAGUAAAUAUAUUCUCUUUUCUUCUCUUUUCUCUUUCCUUUCUGCAUACGACAACCACUCCAGUUGAACAUGGGAUAUGAUGUUAUUGUGGGUAUAUUUGGUUGGAUCCAUUAAGGUAUUUACUGUAUUCAAUAUAAUUGUAGGUUAAUGCUUUACAAACAAGAUUUUUGUGUAGAAGACUCGUACAAAAUGAUCUGUUGUUCUGUGAUCCUUUCAUUUCAAACUACAAUACACAAUAUUGUGGCUCAUAAAUUCAAAAACAUCACUGCCUCAUCA